CAUGGUUGGGCUGUACUUUAAUAAACGUCGUGCACUAGCUACAGGUAUAGCUAUGUGUGGAUCGGGAAUUGGAGGAUUCAUUUUUUCACCACUAUCAGAAUUCUUAAUAGAGUUAUACGGUUGGAAAGGUACAUCGUUAAUAAUGUCUGGUAUACUAUUAAAUGGUGUCAUCUUUGGCGGAAUGCUUAGACCAUUAAAGAUUCAAGUUGAAACUUACGAAAAUGACGAAAAGAAUUCUGAAAUAGAAACGUUUAUAAAACCAUCUAAUGGAAAUCAGAAAGAUAAAGGAAUAUUCAAUAGUGUACAAUGUUUAAAGAAGCCAAAAAUGAAAGAAAGUGAAAAUACAUACAAAAGUAUGGAUGACAUACAGUCGAUUAAGCCGAGUUUUAAAUCCUUUAGUGGCAGUAUUGAAAAGCUUGUGAGCAGAGAACAAAAGGAAAAGCUAAAUGAUGAAUUAGACAAUGAAAAAGAUACUCCAGAGAAAGAAGGCAGUAAUCGUUUUAAAUUCUUUAUUAGAAAUCACAUAGACUUUUCUUUGCUAUUGGAUCCAGCGUUUGAAUUAUACGGGUUAUGCUGCUUCCUGUGUAUGAUAGGAUUUUUCAUUCCGUUCACGUGCAGUGUUGAUGAUGCUAUUACGAAAGGAAUAACAAAAUCGGAUGCUUCUUUACUUAUAUCAGUCAUUGGUAUCUCAAAUGUGGUUAGUAGAAUAACUAGCGGUUGGCUUUCUGAUCAGAUUUGGGUCGAUUGUUUAACAAUUAACGUAAUAGCAUUAAUUAUCGGUGGAGUUGCUACAAUGUUGAUACCGAUAAGUCAUUCGUUUUGGUCUCUUAGCAUAUGUUCUGCAUUAUUUGGCAUGGGUAUAGCUGUUUUCGUAUCUUCGAGAUCUGUGAUUAUGGUAGAAUUGCUCGGUCUUGAUAAGCUAACAAGUGCCUUUGGUUUCGUAACAAUGUUCCAGGGGAUAAGUUCCUUCUUCGGUGCUCCAAUUGCUGGAUCACUCUUCGAUUCAAAUGGAAACUAUACGGCAUCAUUUAUUUUGGCUGGUGCAACUCUUGUUUCGGCUGGAAUAUUUUGCAUUCCUCUUCGAAAAUUAUCUGAACUAUCCAAGAAGAAGAUAAAAGUAACAUCGGAAUAUGACAUAGGAAUACCUCCGUCGAAAACAGAACCUUAUAUGUCAUGUUGA